GGUACCUGUUACUUUUCUCAGCGAUGUUAAAGUUGAGCCAAUUACAACUGUAACUGGUAGAGGUGUUUAAAAAAACAAAUAGAAGUAUUUGUGGAAUUCAAUAAAUAUGUAGUUACUAAUUCUUAUGAAAAAAUGAUACUCUUAAGGAUACAAAGAGCCGUAAUAAAACGAAAAAUGUUUGAGAGUUCAGUGCGCGAGCUGGUUGAGAACAGGCUGUGAGCCAACCGAAGGAAAGAAAAGUCCUAGAAAAAAUACCAGCGACCUUUGUUGUUCAAACACUACGCAGUCAAUGGAGGAAAACACCCUUUUCAGCGUUAAACGUCGUCAGCGUUUUUGAUUUACAGCGCGGGACAAACAUUAGAGGCACAUGACCACAGGUCUUCCAGUCAUGUGAAAAUGAAGCCAAUGCAAAGUUCCCUUUUAGCUCAAUGCACGCACGCACGCAGCUACUAGCACUGCCAGUGAGCGUAACUCACGCGCUACAAAAUAAAAGCAAUGCAAAUUGUUGACUGCCUAAUACCCGAUGGCAGAAUGUUUUCAGGUGAUAUUUUCGCGAGCUCGAUAGUUCACUCCAAGUCAAACAAUGGCAAGCAAGCACAAUAAAAAACGCACGAAACAAAAUGCAUUGGAAACUGAACGAGCAUCAUUUGUGUUGACUGUAGAGCAAAACCAUAAAACAGAGGGACGAGCGGAUGUGAUCUCCAGGUCGGCAUGGCAGGACUUCAGGAGGAAAGUGGGUCUGCUGGUGCCAUACAUGUGGCCCAGAGGCAGUGUGCUGCUGCAGGGUCUGGUGAUGCUGUGUGUUGGACUUUUGUGCCUGGAGCGUGUCAUCAAUGUGUUUGUUCCUAUUUACAGCAGGAAUAUAGUGAACCAGCUGUCUGCAAUGGAGAGCUGGAGGACCCUGGCCAUCACGGUGUGUGUUUACUCUCUCCUUAAAUUCUUGCAGGGUGGAGGUGUAGGUACGUCAGGUUUCGUGAGUAAUCUGCGCAGUUUCCUGUGGACGUAUGUCGAGCAGUACACCAGCCGCAUGGUGCAGGUCCGACUUUUCGCUCACCUGCACGCUCUCUCUCUACGCUGGCACCUGGGCCGCCGCACGGGAGACGUCCUGCGAAGCAUCGACCGCGGCACCUCUUCGGUCAACAACUUGCUAAGCUAUAUUGUGUUCAGCAUUGUACCCACUAUUGUUGACAUCAUCAUUGCCAUCGUCUAUUUUGUGACGUACUUCAGUCCCUGGUUCGGCCUCAUCGUCUUUAUUUGCAUGGCCCUCUACCUCACUCUCACCAUCAUCAUCACUGAAUGGAGGACCAAAUACAGGCGGGAAAUGAACACCCAGGACAACGACGCCAAGUCAAAAGCAGUGGACUCCCUUCUAAACUUUGAAACUGUAAAGUACUAUAAUUCUGAGGGUUUUGAAGUCAGGCGCUUUGAGGAUGCUAUUCUGAAGUAUCAGGUUUCUGAAUGGAAGACCAAUGCUUCUCUGGCAUUCUUAAACCAAACCCAGAAUCUGAUCAUUGGAUUGGGGUUGCUGGCUGGAUCCUUGCUUUGUGCAUACUAUGUUACAGUGGACAAGUUUCAAGUUGGCGACUAUGUUCUCUUUGGAACCUACAUUAUCCAGCUCUACACUCCGCUCAACUGGUUUGGUACAUAUUAUAGAAUGAUACAAAGCGCUUUUGUUGACAUGGAGAGCAUGUUUGAUCUCCUAACAGAGGAGAAAGAGGUAAAGGACAAUGUGAAUGCAGGAGACCUGUUGUUCACAGAGGGGAGAAUCGAUUUCAAGAAUGUGUGCUUCAGUUACACUCCUGGAAAGGAUAUUCUCAGUGAUGUGUCCUUUUCAGUGAUGCCCGGGCAGACGGUAGCACUGGUUGGCCCGUCCGGAUCAGGAAAAAGUACCAUCACCCGUCUACUUUUCCGGUUUUAUGACAUACAGAGUGGAUGCAUACUCAUUGACGGACAGGACAUCUCGAAGGUGAAACAGAACUCGCUCAGAUCCUACAUUGGCGUAGUUCCUCAGGACACCGUCCUUUUCAAUGACAACAUCCGUGAGAACAUUCGUUAUGGACGCAUAUCUGCAAGUGACCAGGAAGUAGAAGAGGCCGCAGUGGCUGCUGACAUUCAUGAUAGGAUAUUGUCCCUUCCAGACGGAUAUGACUCCGAGGUCGGUGAAAGGGGUCUGAAGUUGAGUGGUGGAGAGAAGCAGAGAGUCGCCAUCGCUCGUACCAUCCUGAAAAACCCACGUAUCAUUUUGCUUGAUGAAGCCACGUCUGCUUUAGACAGUCAAACGGAGCGCAACAUUCAGUUGUCUCUUGCCAAAGUGUGUGCCAACCACACCACUCUCGUCGUGGCGCACAGAUUGUCCACAAUCAUCAGCUCCGACCAGAUCCUCGUUCUUCACGACGGCAGGAUUGCAGAACAAGGCAGGCACGAGGAGCUGCUGGCCAUGGGCCGCCUGUACUCCGCCAUGUGGUUAAAACAGCAGCAAAGCCCCGAGAGUGAGAUCUCAGAAGAGUUAGGCCUGGAGACACAGGAGAGUGGGUGAAGAUACGGCAUGGAUCAUGAAUUUUGAUGGAUGAAAUCUGCAAAGUUCAUCUCAGAUAGAGCUGCACCAGACCGCACAAAAGUAAUGAUGUUUCUCAGGUAACAGUUACACAGGUGUCACUGAAGUGCAAUAAGUCAAGGAAGUUUUUAAAUGUUGCUUAAACGCAAGUGGCAUAACCAAAAUCGCACAAGUGUAAAAUACUGUCAUAUGGUUACUGUUCAUUCUUAAAUGUCUUUUUUUUUUAUAUCCUCUCUUCCUCAAGCCACUUGGUUUGUUUAAGACAGUAGACCGGGGAAACAUUUGUCUAGAGAUAGGACUUUUGGGUAACAUGCUCUAGCAGCCAAAACGAUUUUAUGGUCAAACUUUAGAUUACAGUUUUCAUGUUACUUUGGAUUCAUGCAAGUAACAACUUAAACUUGUAAUGUGUAGUUAGUAAUGCAAUUCUGCGUUACUGAUAAAACUUUGGGAAUUCAUUACAGUAACAGGUACACCGUAAUAUAAAGUGCUUUUAAAAAAAUAUACACUCUUUUGUGACACAAAAAAACAUUUCAGACCACUUUAAUAAUAUGGGUACUUUGAUAGAAAUGUAAAUGCACAAAUAACAAAACACAAAGAGACCUUAAGGGUUUUUUAUAUUUUCCUAAGGCUGAUUUGAAAAUGCGGAAUGUAUUUGAAAUCAAGAUUAAAUUGAUCAAGUUUAAAAGUGACAUUCAGAAGAUGAAGGAUUUUAAUAGGAGUAACAUGAGCCACAGUCACAUUUACAGAAAUGCCAAAGGAAAUUGCUUGAAUUGAAUGUAAUCUCAUAAUAGUAAUAGUUAAACUUUUAUAAAAUUUUCGAAAGCUGAAUAUUGUGUACGAGAAGAAUGAUUUUAUAAUCUAUGUUUUGUACUUUAAUUACAUAUGCACUGGUCAAAUAUCAUUUGAAAAUAAACUUGUUGUCGUA